AUGGCUCUUCACACGGGCACUCUUGGUGGACUUGGGCAAGUAGGCGGUCCACUGGAGACAGCGAGUGGUGCCAGUGGUGGUGGCGGCGGUGGUACAGGUGGGGGAGCUGGUCUCACGGGUGACGCAGCACAGACGUCGGCAAUGCCAACUACCGCUCAUCCUCCUACCUUCAUAAAGUACGCCCCCACCCCUUACGCUCCUUCGGCGGGGGACCCUUAUGCAAAUGGGGGAAGCGGCGGCGGCGGCCUAGUUUCCUACUCUGAGGAGAGCGCAGGCCAGCCUCCUCCCGCUACACCAACAGCCGCCAUACAGAUGCAACAAUUUCCAUCUCAGCCGCAAUCACAGCGUCUUGUCCAGCCCCCAGCUCUUAUUGACCCAGGCUACUAUAUGCAAUCGUGUUGGGGUGCGUCUCCCCCAGGCUCCACAGGUCAGUCUGGUGGAAUGAUUGGUCAGCCGCAGGCACCACCCUCCGUGCAACAACAACAACAACCAAACUUUGAUGAAUCUCUCAUAAGUAACGGGAGCGUGGUCGUGGUAUCCUCCACCCCAUCCUCGUCAUCGACUUGCUCCACUCCAGGGGGUUGCACUGUUGUCAGUGGCCUAACAGUGCCUGGCGGCGGUAGUGGAUGUGGGGACCGUAGACUCAUUACUCCUCCCAUGGGUCCACUGCCUCCUCCCCCAUCAACUACUCCCGUGCCUGGCGGUCUCUAUGGUCCAAGAUUCGCUACCAUGCCACUGUAUCACCAUAACCCUGGUGCCACGGCCUGCAUUCCCCAACAAUCUUCAGCGACAUACGUGCCAAUGACACCAAACAACCAUGACCCGACCUGCCUUACCCCUGGAUUUGCUGGGGCCCCGACAAUGAAUGGUCAGCGCCUCUACAUGCCCACACCUCACAGUGGCGUUGGAUUAGGGCCUAGAAUGCCUCCAGGAGGUGCGCCACUUCGAGCUGCACCUGCGUUACCCUUUGGUUACUUCUCACUGGCUCCAUCUACCCCUGAGGGCAUCACCGCAGCUGCAAUGUGCCCCACCGCCGCUCCUGGUCCCUUUUCUGCUCCCCAUGGUCCUCUUCUCCCUCCUGAACAACAGAGUACUACUGGACGCAAGACUGAGUCCACUACUAGCAAAAAGAAGCGCACCAAAAACACUAAGACCCGAACAGCCACUGCGCGCGGUGGUAAUGGGAGAGGUACGGGUUUGGGUCCGAGUGCCAAUCCACCACCCAAGGUGGUGACAGUAGGUGCGCCUACUGCAGCCGGCCUCGCCGGCCCACCACCGCCACCCCAGAUGAUGGGCACGGGUAUGAUGUUACCCACCAAUGUCUCCACUCCUUCCCAGUCUCCCAUGUGGGCACCUCGACCUGCGGGGCCAGUCAUGACCAACGGAUCCAUGUUGCCAAUGGCUCCUCCGCCUCCUCCCGUCACAACCAAUCUUUCGGUCUCCUGCGCUCUUCCUUCCAAGGUCGUCGGUCUCCCUAUGUCCCCACUCAACAGCGUUGUACAUACACCACUUGUUCCACAUCAGCACCAUCCUACGGCAGGACCUGGAGCCACCGCAACCACUGCCAAUAGUAUUGCACCUCCGCCUUCACAGUCCUGUCCCUCCACUGUCUACGCUUCACCUGUUUCGCACCCUCUCCCUCCUGAACAGACGGCCGAGCGAUUGGUGUGUCCUAUUACCAAUGGAACAGUGGUGCGUCCAAUGGUGCUGCAUUUAGACGAGGAGCAGACUCGACAGUCACCAAACUCGCUUCAGGUCCGAACUUUUGAAUUCGACGUGUCAAAGAAUCAUUUGGAGACGAUAGUGGAACGUCCCGACUUGGAUAUUGUAGUCUGCAGUCACCUAGUGCACGAGCCACUGCAGGUGUGUCAUUGGCCUGCAGAAGCGGUACACAUCCGAUUCAACGGCACUGUCUUCCAACUCGAUCGAACUACCACUGCGGAUGGCCAGCCUGCGCAUAGAGUUUGUGGCGUUAAAUCACUCUGUCGACCCUCUCGUAACGUCAUCGAAGUCUUUCUUUCUCCUUCUCGUCCUCCUCCUCACCAAUUCCCAAAUUAUAGUCUCAAGCUCAUGCGAAUGCUUAAUCCUGUGUUCUCCCGACUGAAGGACCAUAGAUUCGCAGUAUUUAUGGCACAUAUGCCGGCGGUAAGCAUGGUGCUAGACGGGCUGCUACGGCGGGUGCCAGAGGAAUCGCUUUCCCUUACGAAACUUCUCAUCACCUCAUGGCGCAACCGACAAGCAGGUGGCGGGCAAGACCAACAUCUCGCCUCCACUACUCCGCCGCCUCCAGCCAACCAGUCUGUGGCGGCUGAAAUUAGUCUUGUUUGUCCUGUCUUCCGCUCGCGCAUGCAGAUCCCUGGCCGCUUGGUGGGCUGCCAUCAUCUCGAAGUAUUUGACAUGGAGGCCUAUCUCCAUCGAGAAGCAAUUUGGUCUCGACUCCUCUGUCCCAUCUGCAGUAACGGCAGCCCUGCGGGUUUGGACAACCUCUAUAUCGACUACUUUCUCCUCAACAUAAUCCAGCUAGCGCCAAAGACUGUCUCCACGGUGCAGGUGCGUUCAGAUGGUUUUUGGCGCCUCUCACCGCCUCUAGCAUGGCAGCUACCGCCUGGCAUCGAUCAAUGGCAGCCCAUCGUUGGUCCGCCCACACAAGCGUUCGCUUUCGCCCUUCAAAUCGGCCCUACGCUUCUCAUGACUCAACCGCCGCAGCCGCAUCAACCGCCAUUUCAAACUCAGCAACAGCAACCAGUUGCUACUAAUGGAUUAGAAGCUGGAGGACAAGCGCCUACCAGGCGUUCCUGCGGUACUAUGGCUUCUCCGAAUACAGGUGAAACGCCGGCGCCUUUGCUGAUAUACUCAGGUUUGGAGCCAUCCUCCGGAGGUUCGCAAAAUUCCACAGUCAAUUCCCAUCACCAGCACCCUUCCAAUCAGUGGAAUGCAGCUCAGGUAGUUAAAUCGACUUCGCCUACUCCUCUCUCAUCAACAUCAUCAACAGCUGUCGCCUUAUCUGCAGAAACAGGUAUGACAACCUCGGUGAAUCCAGUACCUCAGCCGACGAAUUGCAGAAAACGGGUUCUUAGCACGAGCAGUGCACAAUGUAUUGCUGUUCUACAUCCGAUAACGCAAACCGAGGGACAGGGGCUGCCGAGUAGUAUGCCAGACCUCCGAGUGCGAUCAGAGGCUGUUAGCAGUCAGGCAUCGCUGCCCAAGUCACUUCCAACGACUCCUAUACUGUUGAAACCCUCACCGCCUACUUCAACAUCUAAGAUCGGAAGUAAUAGUCUAUGCAAACGCAUUAGCGGCAGCAGCACCGCCAUUGGUGGUGGAGGGGGCGUUUGUGGGGGCGGAAUCGGCGAGGGCAGUACCCAGCUCUCCACAUCUACAUCUCCCUCCACUCAGCCGCCGCAGAAGCGCUCAAAAGUAUCUCAUCGUCAACUCACGGAUGAAGAGGUUCGGUGGGCUUUUGACGGUCUGUCUGACCUGAACUACUUUGAUGAUCCAGAACUAAUUCGCUUCAUAAACUCUCUACCCUUAUGA